GGUUUUAGAAAUGUCCAGUUGGGUCUGGCUCGAGUCUGGUUCAAAUUUUCUAAUCAGUUGCUACCUCUAGUGUAAACAUUUCUCGCUGCGUGGUGGGCAGGGUAAGCAGAAUAUCCGCUCUGCAACAUAUCUGCGUGACAUUUGAAGCUCCGACUGGCUGUGGCGGCGUCCACAAAUGCCGCAACGGCAUGGAUUUUUCCUGCUUUCUGUGUUACUUUCAUAGUAUUGACAAAUAAUGAGACUUCAAAUGCGAAAACGUUACAAUUAUUAUUGCCUCAAUUUUGAUUUUUCUCGAACCAGACCAAACGUAUAUAAAAGAAAUUAAGCAACGUCCCGUGAUUGACGAGUGCUCUCUCUUCAUCAAACAUAAAUGCCGAGAAGAGGAGCAGCUGGGACUACUGCACGUGUCUAUCCAGGCAGCGAAAACAUGGCUGCCGCGGGGCUGGUGCUGGUGCGUCUGCUGGUGCUGGCGGCAGUGGUGUCCACUCUAACCGCUCUGAACGACCCGACGUGUGAGUGUCCGGACGGUUUUAAGCUGUGCGCCGGCCACUGCCUGCGGCGGCUGGACCGGGCGCUCACCUACGACGAGGCUCGGAUCAUGUGCGCCGGCCUGGGCGCCCACCUGGCCGUGCCGCGCACAGAGGCGGAGAACCAGUGCGCCGACAGCGCCGCCGCCGGCCAGCUCGUCUGGCUGGGCGUCACGGAGGUGCCCGGAGACGAGGGACACUACGUCGGCGCCGACGCGUGCGGCGACGUGCCCGUCGGCCAGUUCUGGGCCAGCGGCCAGCCGGAGAACUACGGGCCGCGCGGCGAGGACCGGGUGGUGAUGGUUCCGCAUGACAGCGGUACCGUGCACGCCGUCGGAUGGCACGACAACCCGGCCGAACAGGAAUGGCACCCACUCUGCCAGCGCUCGCUGUUCUACCGGCCCGACUGCCUGAACUGAAUGACAUAGGUACUGACGCUCUACGGCUGUGUGAACUGAAUGACAUACUGACGCUAUACCGGCCCGACUGCCUGAACUGAAUGACAUACUGACGUUCUACGACUGUGUGAACUGAAUAACAUACUGACGCUCUACGACUGAAUGGACUAUAUGAUCUACUGACGCUCUACCGGCCGCACCGCGUGAAUUGAAUAAAUAGCCCCCUGUCAGAACAACUGAUUUUAUAUUGAUUAUGAAAUGCAUUCGGCUGUCUAAAAAUUACUUUGGCUGGAGCUUCAGGUUUCAGUAUAUUCACCCGGCAAUACAAAUAUACGCAACUCGUAA